AGCUCACGGUGCGGUCGGUCGGUUGGAAGUUCUCCUGCUGGCGCGCGCUUUGCUUUGCUUUGCUGGUCUCUGGGUUGGUUCCCGAGGCUGCCUGCCCGACUGACUGACUGACCCGUUGUAGGUAGUCGUUCUAUGCGUGUGUGGACCGACCGGAUUUUGGGACUCUCCUUCGGUGGCUCCUCGCAGGCAGAAACCUGGUAGGCAGCGAUGGAUUGUCCGUGGCUCUGUUAGGUUCGAACCGUUGAUCAUUUUAGUACACAACACGCGAGAAGCGGGUUUUUUGUGUUUCUGUCGUCGUCGUCGUCGUCGGGUUCGUUUGUUCCGAUUCGAUAUCCUUCGCGGCGUUAGGAGGAGGAGUGGUGUGCGGUCGGUGCGUGUUUGUGAGUAGAACGUGUGCGGGUGUUCGCCGUAGUUUGGGGUCCCCAAUGAGUUUUUUGUACUCCAAUGUCGAGAUAUUUCCCCCGGAGGACCCAUUGCGUGUCGCAUUCGGACAGGACAAGGAACUCAACUAGAUGGUCGGGAUCGACCGACCGAGUCCCGCAUCCUGCAGUAAAACAAAUGUGUGAACCCCGGAGGACCCGCGUGGGGUCGUGGCUGUCAUAACAGAGCGCCAAUGUAGUCGCGCUGUCGUCGUCGUGACCGUAGUAGAUGUCGCACAUGGAGCAGCUGAAAGUGGAGUAGUAUCACCAGCGGCAGCAGUAGCAGCAGUGUACAUUUCGAUAAUCUGUGAUAAAUAUCUACACCACACAUUUUAUUCAAUUGCCUUUAAAAGAAGAAUCCGGCGGAAAGAGGUGCAAAAGUGCAGAAUCUAAAGUGGAAUUAUUAUGAAGCAAAGGGUCCAACUAAUAACAGCAACAACGGGAGCAGAAGAAGUAGUAGCCAGAGCGAAGAAGGCAGUGUCAGUGGUGGAAGAAGAAAAAGAAACGACGGAAGCAGUGCUGAAUGAUAGCGGCAUGGAUCGAAGCAAACGAGUUCUAAACGACGCCAAAAGCAGCAGCAGCAGCAAGCAUGGCCAACUUUGUUGUAUGACCGUUGCUGGCGGCAGUGGAAGCGACGACACCGUCAGUGAAAGGAUUAUGUAACGGACGAGAAGUGCACACACAACAUAAGGACGUCCGCGGAAUCACACAGCAAGCCACGACAAGUUGAAAUAUCCAAUUGUACCAAUUCGAACCACGGCGCUGCUACGGCUAAAGCAACCGUAUCGUACUUAUAUAGAGUAAAUGUAAAAAUACCAAAAUAUAAUUGUACAACCGGGUCGGCUGAAGUCGACGGUCAACUCUCGCGAAACUCGUGCAAGCUUACCGAAUGAAACCCGUCCAAUAUCGAGUGCUAUGUAGUGUCACACCGUAGAACAGAUUGUGGAAACAAAGUAGGCGUCGAAAAAGGAAGCAAAAAUAAAUAAAAACCAAAGCACACUUUGAUGGUCUGAGCUCGCAACACAACACAAUAAGUUUCUUUAACUAAGUGCAAAACAAAAAAGUAACCGAAAGCUUUAAAAUAUCAAUAAAUGUAAUUUCAAGGUAGAGAGGCAAAACAGCAAAACAAAAAAUCGGAAAAUCACAAUAUAUUGGGUAAGAGAAGUGCUUUUCCUUCGCGUUUCUUUCGUUGCUUCUCUUGCAUUGCCGUCAUCGUCAUCAUCGUGUGCCCAUUGAUUGGGCAUUAGAAGUCCACGAGGCAGAGUAAGCAAGCACCCCGUCUUCUUCUCCUUUUCCGUAGUAACCACCAGUCAGCACGCCGGCAGUCACGUCAACUAAAAACGGAAGAAACGGCAUAAAAUCAGUGGAAAAAUCGAACCGUGCUCAGUUUGAGUUGUUCUGUCACUACCCGGGUUGAGUUCUACCACCCUCCAACCACUUCUUCUGAACCAAUCUCAACACCGCCAAGCCAGCUUGAUUGAAAAUCGCCAACAUAUUUAGGCUCAAUGUAUCUGUGAGUGUGUGUGCGUGUUUGGGAGUGCUUUUUCGACGAACCUCCACGGGCGUAUCGGAAAAGGCACAGUCUGACUAAUCACCUCCGGUUUGGAGCGAUCCAACCAUCAUCGGCCAAACGAAAAAAAAAAUCCAAUCAACCAACCAAAGGCAAACAUAAACACUCGUCGUAUUCGUACGUGGCGUGGCAUGCAAUCAAAAGUGACUACCGUCGUCGGUGGUGUCGUGUCUGGGGGUGAGCGGGAGCAAUAGUUCACUGUGAGUGUUUUUUUUUUGCAGCGAUAUGUGUGAAGAAACAAUAACCAUCACAGCAGACGAUGACCAUCGCCGCCGCCGUCAUCAUCGUCGUCCCAACUGCUGCUGACCAUCACCACAGCAAAGCACGCCUACUACGACGACGUGCUGCUGGUGGCAAAAACUGAACACCCGCGUGCUGUUGCGUUGUGCAGGGACACACCAACCAAUAUCAGUAAAAACAAAUAUAAAACAAACGAAAAAACAGAUCACACAGUAGGCCAACAGUAGUAGCAGUCAGUAACCAAGAGGAGGGGGGGAUGCCAAGAUGGCAGCCGUUGCGGGCCUUUACGGAUUGGGCGAUGAUUCGCGUCAUCAGCGCCAGCGACGACAGCAGGCCCAGCAGGCGAACCAGGACAAAACCGACAAAACCCCGGACGGAUUGAGCGAACCGUCUCUACCCAAGUUGAGCAGUCAGGAUGAAGAAGGGGGGGCGGCGCACGGUUUUGGGGGAGGCCAUACUCAUUUUGAACCAAUACCGCAUGAUCACGACUUCUGCGAAAGGGUCGUUAUAAACGUCAGUGGUUUAAGGUUCGAGACGCAGUUACGAACGUUAAACCAAUUCCCCGAUACUCUGCUAGGCGAUCCGGAUCGAAGGUUAAGGUACUUCGAUCCGCUGCGGAAUGAAUAUUUUUUUGACCGGAAUCGACCGAGCUUUGAUGCCAUUUUGUAUUAUUAUCAAAGCGGUAGCGGUCGGUUACGGAGACCAGUCAACGUACCUUUAGAUGUAUUUAGCGAAGAAAUUAAGUUUUAUGAAUUAGGCGAACAAGCAACUAAUAAAUUUAGGUGAGUACCACACACUACCCCGGGAGGGGGCCCCGAAGGCUUUCCUUCCCAUUCCUAGCACCAAAGGUGUCCUGUCCUAGGGUUCUUUUUUUAUUUUCCCCUCACUGGACUGACUGUGUGACGCACACACGUGUCUAUUUAUGCGAUAUUUUUACUUCCUUUCACCCCUUUUGUGGCGACCGUGUGCCCAACAACGUGUUGUAUAGAAUGUAGUAUACUUACAGUAUUAUUUUGCCUCCUCGUCGUCCGUCGCACAUUGAAGUGGACGCUGCGAUAAUCCUACAGAUACAAAUAUGUCCUUGUACAUGCGGAAUCUGAUGCCGGAAUCGGCGAAAAUGCUCAAGGAAACGACGUAAUGGAAUCGAUUUUUUUUUUCUGUGCUAUUUUUCACCGACAAAGUUUACAGUUUCCUAUGCUCAGCAGAGCGCUACACUUAGUUACUGUCCCCUCUCGAUGGUUGCUGGUCAGAUGAAGUGACCUCAAAAUUGAUUCUCAAUCUGGACACUCUAGAAAACGCUAGAAUAUGAAUACAAACUAUAAAUUGGACGUAUUUGAUCUGUAGUAGACGUAUUGCUAGCCGCUAGCGGAUUCGUAGUGGAGAAACUCGAAAAGAGUAAUGCAUUUUAAUCAAAUUCCAAUAGGAAUACAUAAUAUAACUUAUGAAAGUUACACGAAAGAAUAGGAGAGGUGAAUCAGUGUCAGGCUGAAAUCCUCUUUAAUAAAGACAAAGAAGAAUAGGACCAUCGUAUUACCUACCAAAUAAUUGACUUAUCAUCAUGCUUCGUUAGUCCGGAACUACAAACCCGGGUAUAGCGAGAUGACAAAUGAAGGACAAAUUUUACCAUAAAAAUAGAAUGUUUUAAUUGGAGAUGAACCAGCCUCGGGCUAAAAAUCUCCCCAAUAAAGCUAAUAAUAAUAAUAAUAAUAAUGUUUGAAUGGCAAAAAAUGCAAUUACAGUCAAGUACAAGACACUGAAGACGACCUUACAGUUGAAGUCGAAAUACGUAUCUGUCAAAGGAUGCAAAUUCUUAGUGGAAUUCAAAGGAACAGUACUUAACGCGAUUUUCUUUUUAUUUAAAAAAUGCAAUUACAUAGUUUGUUUGAAAUAAGAGCUAAAAUAACAAAAAUAAUAACUAAAUUUCUCUGGCAUAAGAACUAAAGAAUAUUUGAUUUUGUCAUUGUAAUAACAAAAUAAUAACAAAAAGGACGUCAAAAUAAUAACAUAUUUUUAUAUGAUGGUAAACUAUGCUAUUGUUUUGGUAUUUUGGCUGAUAGUAUGAUAGUAAUAUUUGUUAUUAUUACGUUAUUAUACUAUUCAAUAAUACCUCACCAAUU